AUGGCACCCAAGUCUCUUGAUCUCGUGGCCGACGACUUCCACUUCCUUGGUUCCCAAUUCACAAAACCUGUCCCCCUACCCAAGGACCUCUCCCUCUCAGAAAGCACCAUCAUCAUCACCGGCGCAAACACAGGCAUCGGCUAUGCUACAGCAGAGAAACUCCUCUCCCUAAAUCUCAAGCGUCUCAUCAUCGCGGUUCGAUCUCUAUCAAAGGGUGAAUCCGCCGCAGCCAAACUCCGUACACAGUACUCCAAAGCCGAGAUACUCGUCUGGCAAGUCGACAUGCUCUCGUACAAGAGUGUGCAAGACUUUGCCGACAAGUGCAAAACUCUCAACCGAAUCGAUCUCGCCAUUUUGAACGCUGGGACGCAGUGGACCAGGUUUGAGCUUAGUCCUGAAGGUCACGAGUCUUCGUUCCAGGUUAAUUAUCUGUCCACUGUUCUUCUCGCGACUCUUCUUCUUCCCACGCUCAAGCAAAAGGCCCCCGCGGGUCAACCUGGACGUCUCACAAUUGUCAACUCGGGGACUUCCCUAAUGGCUGACUUUCCCAACGCGAACGAUGAUAAUGUUUUGGCGUUCUACGACGACGAGACCAAGUUCUCUGGUGGUAUUAACGCCAUGCCUUCAUAUGCCAAACAAAAAGCUCUCGCGCACUUUUGGGUUUACAAACUUGCUGAGCGUUUGAGUGGUGAUGAUGUGACUGUCAAUCUCGUUGAUCCAGGCUGGGUGAAAAACACAGAUCUUCAGCAGCAGGGCAGCUUUGUGGUUCAGAAGAUCCUCGCUGUGGUGAAGUGGCUUAUUGCUCGAAGUUUGGAACAAGGGGCGAGUACUCUAGUUCAGGCCGGUGUUGUGAUGGGGAAGGAGAGUCAUGGGUCAUAUGUCAUGGAUUGGAGGAUUCACCAUUACACCAAGUUCUUGCACACCAAGGAGGGACAGGCUUUUGCUGACAAGGUUUGGUAUGAGACGUAUAGGGAGUUGUCUUUUGUUAGUGUUGAUGGUAUUCUCAAGUCUUUGUAA